GUGGACCGCCAUUUUGUGGCUGCUGAGAGAGCCGAAGCGGGAGGAGGCGUUGCUGCUCUUGUCGUUUCCCUUUGGCCUCGCACGCUUUUUUACCCCGUUUCGCUCCCCUUUUUUCCGCCUUCGGUUGGAUCGGAUCGUUGCCGGAUUUUCUUUUUUUAAGUUCCUCUUUUCUCCUCACCCCCGCUCCUACUUGGGCUGCUUCCCGCCCUUGCUCCUCCGCCUCUUCUCUCACGCGCCGACCAACCCCAACCGCAGCCAUUGCUGACCUCGCCAUGUCUGGUGGCGGCGUGAUCCGCGGCCCGGCCGGGAACAACGACUGCCGCAUCUACGUGGGUAACCUGCCGCCGGACAUCCGCACCAAGGACAUCGAGGACGUCUUUUACAAGUACGGAGCCAUUCGGGACAUCGAUCUCAAGAACCGCCGAGGGGGGCCGCCCUUCGCCUUCGUCGAGUUUGAGGACCCCAGGGAUGCAGAAGAUGCAGUGUAUGGACGGGAUGGAUAUGAUUAUGAUGGGUACCGUCUACGGGUGGAGUUCCCUCGAAGUGGUCGAGGCACUGGCAGAGGAGGAGGAGGCGGUGGAGGUGGUGGGGCCCCAAGGGGCAGAUAUGGACCCCCAUCGAGGCGUUCUGAGUACAGAGUGAUAGUAUCAGGAUUGCCUCCCAGUGGAAGCUGGCAGGAUUUAAAGGAUCACAUGCGUGAAGCAGGUGAUGUAUGUUAUGCUGAUGUUUUCCGAGAUGGAACUGGUGUCGUGGAGUUUGUUCGGAAAGAAGACAUGACCUACGCAGUGCGAAAACUGGAUAACACUAAGUUUAGAUCUCAUGAGGGAGAAACUGCCUACAUCCGUGUUAAAGUUGAUGGCCCAAGAAGUCCGAGUUAUGGAAGAUCUCGUUCCCGCAGCCGUAGUCGUAGCAGAAGCCGUAGCCGAAGCAACAGCAGAAGUCGCAGUUAUUCCCCGAGACGAAGCAGAGGAUCUCCACGCUACUCUCCCCGCCACAGCAGAUCACGUUCUCACAUAUCUGAAGAGAUGGAUUAAGAAUGCUUUGGAUUAAAGGAUUGUGGAGCACAUGUCAAUCAUUUUAGGAUUGUCAAAAGGAGGAUUGAGGAGGAUCAGAUCAAAAAUGGAGGCAAUGGUUUGGAUUGGAGAGGGCUCACUGGAUCCCAAUCCUUGGAGCUGGAUCAUUGGAUUCAAAUCAUAAUGUGGAUAGGAUAGGGAGGAUCAAUUUCAAGGAUUCAUGGAGCGGGAUCAGAUUACCAGGAACAUAGGAGUGGAUUCCUGCCCCAACCAAACCGCACUCGUAUGGAGUUUUAUUCAACUCAAUUGGCUAUUCCAAAGAUUUUUUUUUUCCUAUUUUUGACGAUUGGAGCCCAUGCACGAUGGAGUUUUCUUUUCAUUUUUUAUUUUUGUAAAAGGAGCAAAGCAAGGACCUGGAGAGGUACGCUGGAGCAUUCUCCUUGGAAGGAUUCAGCACAAAUAGAUGGUAAAUGUUAAAGGGGAAAAAAAAGGGGCGGGGUUGUUUAUAAAUGUUAAAACAAUAAGUCAUUUACCUAAAUUUAACAACGCAAAGAAAUUGGAAUCUUUUAAGAUUAAGUAGGCUUUCAAUUGGCUAUUGCCUUUUUCUUUUUGACAAAUAAAAUUUUAUAAAAAAGUG